AUGUCGCGCUGGGUCAGCGCGUUGUCCUGGCGCAGAUCUUUUGCCCCCGAGCCGCGUGUGGGACCCUUGGAUGAGGCGGCACAGGCGCCACCGGACGAGCGAGAGAAGCUCCGCGUGGCAGCUCGUGAGGUGCUUUCAGCGGCCCUGUCCGUAGCGGCCGUCAUGGUUGGCGCGGCGUCGGGGCUCGCCCUAGCGGCCGUCAUCAUCUACUCCCGCUUGCAUGCCAGCACCUCUCCGACGUGGUCGAGACGGGCGCCACGAGGCAGCUUGCUGCUCGUCAGCCCAAACUGCACGACAACACUCGCCGCUAUUUCGCGCGUCGAUCAGGUGGAGCCGAACGUCGAGUCUGUGGACCCAGCGGCUGCUUGGUUCGACGUGCUAGCCCGUCCGGACACGUCCGGGCACGACUCGACGCGUGCGCAAUCAUUCCCGGCCAGCGCCGAUCCUUUCAUUGGAUCCGCCGGCGUGGGACACACGAAUCCGGGCGCCCACCUGCCGUUUGGCAUGGCGUACCUCGCGCCCGUGAGCAGCACGCUGGGGGAUUGGGAUCACUGCGCUGGCUAUCAGCACGCGGAUCGUUCGUUCGUCGGGCUGGCACACACCGCGCUCACGGGGACUGGCAUUCGCUCUGGGCUCGCCUUCCUGGUUGCCGCGAGCUGCGACGCCGAUGCGCAGGUAGCCGCAUCGCGUGAGAUCAUCGCCGAGUCCGCUGAGCCCGGCUACUACUCUGUCGAGACCGCGGACAUGCGCGUGCAGGCCACCGCCGGCGUCCGCUACGGCGUGCACCGCUGGCGCUUUGCGCCUGGCUGUCAGAGGCCGUCGCUGCGGCUGGCGCGGCACGACUUCCGCGAACUGCUUCCUUCGCGGCGAUACUGGGAGGAGAUGGGCGGGCGCGGAGCAAUCAUCGACCGACGCUCGUGCUCGGGGUUGCUCUGCAGAGUCUACGCUUUGGAGAAGCUAAAGACGUGGUUCACCCGCGAGAUCCCGGUAGAGGUACACGCUUACAUGGAGGCGCGCCUGCUCGGCCGCGAUUGCAACUGGUCCUCUGCUCGUUGGCCCGAAAACAGCCUGGUCGCUCUCGAAAGCCAAGCGGGCCACUACAGUGGCGGUGCAGCGCGUGGGGUGCGAUGCGCGGUGGAGCUCCGUGCAGCGUUGAGCUACGUUGACGCCGCCGGCGCCGCCCGCAACUUUGCGGCGGAGAACCGCAGCUUUGCCAAGGUGCGGGGGCGCGCCAAGCGCACGUGGCAAGGCGUCUUCGGCAAGCUUCGCCUCGACCACGGCCUUGACUCCAAUCAGUCCGCCUUAGACGACAAGAGAUCAGGUGACAAGAGGUCAGGCGACCAGAGAAGAGUGGUCGACGACACUGCGCUCUAUCACGCGUUCCUCUCGCCCUAUCUACACAGCGACGCAGACGGCCGGGUGCUCGGCCCGCUGGGCAAGGUGCGGCGCGUCAAUUUCCCCUACUACACCUUCCUGUCGUCGUGGGACGUCUUCCGCAGCUGGUCUCACCUGAUGGCACUCGUGCACCCCCAGAUACUGGUCGACAUCGCCCGCACCGCCCUGCUGCACCACGAGAUCGUCGGUGUGCCGCCACGGUGGACGGAUGGCGGCAGAGAGCUAUCCCUCAUGCCUGGCAUCCACGGCGCCACCCUCCUCUACCAGGCCGCCGUGCUCACCCGCCUCUGCGACCCUCCUCUCGUCCGCCGCAUCUUCGCCGCGCUCUCCAGCCUCGCCCACGAGCCGCCGGCCGUUUCGCUCGAGCAGCGUGUGCAUGCAAUGGCGCGGCCGGGUCACACGCAGCUGUGGGCAGAGCCGCCAGAGCUGAAGCUCCGUCACUUCCUGAGGCACGGCGGUAUCGUGCCGUACGACCCUGCCGCGCCGCAGCACGACCAGACCGUGUCGGACGCGCUCGAGCUCUCCCUUCUCUUUGCGUGCACCGAGCGGCUCGCGCGCAGACUCAACGAGACGCGCGACGUCGCCCUCUACCGAAGGCUCUCACGGGCGUGGACGAGGCACGUCGAGGUCUGCGGCGGGCUCUUCAGCCGCGUGCUCGCCAACGGCUCGCGCAUCGUGAACGAGAGGCCCGCGGACGCGAGGGCGCACAUGGGCUUCACAGAGGACUCUGCGCUCGCUUGGUCGUUCUAUGCGCCUCACGACCUUGCGGGGCUCGUGGCUCUCUUCGGGAAGGCAGCGCUCGUGCGGCGAAUGGACUCGUUGCUGCUGCCCGGGCCUGGCGCUCGUCGCGUCGUCGACAUUGUCGACCACACUGGCCUAAUCGGCUCCCUGGCGCACGGCAACGAAGUCACACAUCACCUCCUCUUCUGGUACGCGCUCCUCGGCCACCCACGCCGGACGGAAGCCUUCGUUGCGAGUGCGCUGCGCAUGUACACCCCGGCCGUGGACGGACUGCCCGGGAACGACGACGCGGGGCAGAUGUCAGCGUGGUAUCUGCUCGUGCGCCUCGGCCUCUUCCCUGUGGAUCCUCUCUCGCCGCGCAUGCUGCGGCUGCGAUUCGAGGACCGGGCUCUCAGUGUGCGCUCGUUCAGGGUGAGCCCGAUGGCGCAUAGCGAGAGGCUGCGCUGGCUCAUCGUAUGA